UCCAUAAUAUGAACAUGCUCUAUUUCAUUUUCAAUCAAAGUGAAGAAGAAAACGGUCAAACAAAUAAUAAAUUUACCAAACAAAAAGAAAGUGAACAAGAUUAAGUAGUGGAGCAUAAAGCUAGCUAGCAAGUCAGAAUUCAGUAGUUCUUACCUAUCUCAAAAAUUUUAGUAGGACAAAUUUGUACCCAAGAAAAAAAGAAAAGCAGUCAUGAAUUCAUCAGUGAAUGAAGAAAACGACCAGUUAUCUGAUAUUAAGCAUUUUGUGCUUAAUAUCAAGCAGUUGAAGUCCAUUGUAAUUCUCAAAUCAGCUCUGAAACUUUUUACAUGUAACACCAAAUUCAUAUUUUCACUCAUAUUAUCUAUUCUCCCUUUUUUUAUUUUCAUGGUUUUCUUUGAGAUUAAACUACAAAAAACAUUAAUUUAUCUAGCAUCAAACCCAUUACCAAAUAACCCAUUUGCUGUUGAAUUUGCUGCUUAUCAAUCUGAAGAUUCUGAUCAGAACAACGACAUAACAGAGUUUUUAUCUGAUACUUUUCAACUCUCCAUUUUUUACUUGUUUAUUUACCCUCUUUUAGAGUUUCUUAGCAUGAUUUUAACCAUGAAAUUAGCAAUAAACUUGGUUUAUGUUGCAGAGAAGCAAGCAACUUUUAGUCCUCAAGAAGUGCUUGAGCAGGAUAUUAAACUCAAGGGUUCCUUUAUGACAUAUCUUUAUGUUCACUUGCUGUCAACAACGACUUUCUUGGGUCUUUUAUGUAUUGUUUCAUAUUAUAUUAUCUUCUCAAGCCAGCUACAUAGUUUCGAUGUGCUAGAAUUUUGGAUGAACGUACUGUGGACUGCUGUUCAUGCAGUGAUAUUCCUAGGUUUGCUUUACAAGUACUUAGGCUGGAGCGUGGUUUGGAACAUGGGUGUGGUAAUUUCUGUUAAGGAAGAAGGAACUGGGAUUGCUGCGUUAGAAUUAGCGAGUUAUUAUGGCAAGCAUAGCACGAAAACUGGGUUCGAACUGAUGCUCAGUUUUUUCGUGUUUGGUAAUGUUACGAGGCUUGCCUGCUUGUAUGCCGGAUUAUGUAAUGGAAGUGUUGCUGGUGUUGUGAUCACUUGUAUUGUUGUAAUGUUGGUUUCGUUAGUGAAUUUGGUGAAGUGGGUUGCUUGUUUGCUGCAUUUUGAUUAUUGUAAGCAGAAAACUAUGGAAAAGAAGGUUGAUGAUCAGGAGUUGGGGAAACCUGUGAAUGUUGCUGAUAUAUCUUGAUUGUGAGAAUGGAUUGACAUUUUGUGGAAGCGCUAAUUGAACUCUAAUUUGAUUGCA